CUUCCUCCUCACGCAGUCACAUGUUGACAAUUGUCACAGAACUGCCAGUAUCGCUGGUGUGGGCAAUUGUAAAUACUCUGGCUCUUGUUUAUAGGUGUGACCGCCCCGGCUUUAAAAAAAAAAAGAACAACAGCUUUUUUUUUUAUUUCCUUCUUCGCCAGAAACCAACAUGAAGAUGUCUGAUGCUCUUUGUAUUUCUGGUUUGUUCUUUGGAUCUACAGAAGGACAGCAAGACUGUGAUUCAUGUUACCUGAUUAAUAUGGGGUCUGUAUUGGGCAUUUUUGCCUCUGAUAUCAUCUUGACCGUCCUCAUCAGCAUUUCUGUGUUCUGUUAUGCGACUCACAACAAGAGAAGGAGGGAAUGGGAUUCUCAUGAUGCCAAAAGAAAUCUUCCAUCAUUGUCAUCAAAGAAAAUGGCAGAAGAGGUCACAGAAUCUCCCUACCAGGAGUUACACGGAGUCCAACCAGAUGUGUACACCGAGCUUCGGCCCUUUAGGAGCAUCAAAAGCGGAAAUAUAAAAUCCUGAACAAUGCUUUGUGUGCAAAAAAUAGUACCCCACACAUCUUUGUUUGUGUGUGUGUGUGUGCCACUCAUACCCCCGCAGCACUAACGUGUAUUUUGCAUGUCGUAUCAAGUAUUGUGUUGUGAUGUUUACUGCAAAACAUUCUUGUUUUUUUUCUC